UGUUUUGUGCCGUGAAAUAUUAACUGUUUGCUAGAAAUGGAAGGUUCUCUCGGGCCGGACAUUCCAGGGAAUCUAGAGGCGAGCAUGCUGAACGUUAUUGAAGAGGUGGACUCUUGCCUCGAGCGAAUCCUUGUUCGUCGCUCCAGCACAAACUCGGCCAGAAGUCGAAACAGCAGCAACAUGGUGUCGCCAGUACACGAAGCGAAUGCAGAGCAAUCCCGCGAUGGGAUGCAAAGUGAUAAUAGCAGCGACGCUACGAUUGAAUUGGACAUCGAUUAUGCUGCAGGGCAGCUAUCUACAAGCGGAAGCGCCGACGAGGCGGUGUCAGUAGAAGAGCUUAGCAGCCAAUCCGUCACUGUGCCAGAAAAUGGUCCCCUCCCUCGCCAACUACGGUCGGAAGAUUACGCUGCAGGACAGCCGUCUACAAGCGAUAAUGCGACCGGUGACUCAGACGAGGUGGUGUCAGUUGAAGACCUUGGCACUCAAUCUGUGAUCUUGCCGGAAAUUGUACCUCUGCCUCGCCAACUACGGUCGGAAGAAGUGAUCGACCUUUCCGAUAGUCUACCAACGUACUCUAAUCGAUUUCCUACUGCGGAUAUCAUUGAAUUAUCGUCGGAUGAAGAAAGUCCAUCCACCAGCCGCUCUACUGUAGCAGCACAGCCACUGAUGCACAUAACUUACAGCACUUCCACAUCGCGUCCGCCUUCGCAGAGCACAAACAUAGUAAUCGAUUUGCGAACAUCUUCUGUUAGAAAUAGAAAUGCCCCUUUUACUCAAACAUCCAAUUCCGGAACGAUACACACAUUGGAUUCUCCGGGGAACACACGUCCAGUUGUGCGAAGUCGGCUGAAUGGCCGUAUUCGAUUAUGGAAUCCUCCACCUCCAGAUCCUUCAAAAAGUACAAAUCAGCCUCAACCUUCCAGCGUGAAUUCAGACGACACAAAAGUUGCAUGUCCUAUUUGCUAUGAAUCUCUGUUUCAACGUAAGCUGCUAUCCACCAUUUGCGGGCACGUCUUUUGUGAGCUUUGUCUCCGCACUGCUCUGAGGAUGUCAAAAAAAUGUCCCAUCUGCAACCGUAGUAUCACAAGAGCUAAUCAGACGCACCCGCUCUACCUGCCACUUAACGAAUCGUAGUAUCAAAAAAGCCAUUUAUGUGCCAGUUAAGCAUUAAUUUUGUAUGUAUUUAUAUGAACUAUUAUUACACAUCUUAUGAACUUAGUAUGUUAUAAGUAAUGCAACAAUGGAAAAAUGUAUCAAGUUAUCGAAUCUAAUGUAAUCUAAUCUUUUGAAUGUGAUCAAAGACGCUCAAGACUCUAGUAAAGAGUAGACGAAUAAAAUAAUAAACUUGAUGACGU